AUGAGGAAGGAGACGGGUACAGCCUACCAGGCCAAGCCAUUACAUCAAAGAAGUAAACGUCUACCUCUUCACUGUGAGAAUCGGGAUGGUAAACUAAGACAGCCAAGUGAUAAAGGUGCUUCAUCAAUUUUUCUUGUAAUGCUUCUCCGCCUUCCCCUCCCUUCACCAACCUUCCUCCAUGCCAUUCGUACUGAAUGUAGUAUUUGA